AUGGGCACGGACCGGACUUCGAUGAGCUCGGACGCUGGCGUGGGGCGCACAGCAUGGCUGGCGGGGCGCGCGGGGGGCCGAAGCAGGGCCGGUGCGCGGCAGGGUGAGGAAGGGCCGGCGCGCCUGGGGCGAGGCGGAGCACGCCGGGGGCCAGGGUGCGGCGGGGCGAGGGAGGGCCGGCGAGCGGCUGGGCGAGGCGGGCCUGCCGGGGGCCGGUGUGCGGCAGGCCAAGGGAGGGCCGGCGCGCGGGGGCAGGAGGUGGAGCUGGUGCGCGGCGGGGCGAGCGAAGGCCGGCGCGCAGGGGGCCGAGGUGAAGCUGGAGCGCGGCGGGGCGAGGGAAGGCCGGUGCGCAGGGGGCCGAGGUGGAACUGGCGUGCGGCGGGGCGAGGGAGCGCUGGCACGCUGGGGGCCGAGGUGGAGCUGGCGCGCGGCGGGGCGAGGGAGGGCCGACGCGCGGCGGGGCGUGGGAGGUCCGAUGCGCUGUGGGGCGAGGUGAGGCAGGCGGCUUGGCCGGGGCAAGGUGGGAGAGAGGGACUGCGGGUGGGGUGGGAGGGUGCGAGGUGA